CACCAUUUUGCUCCCCAGAAGUUAAUCUUCAUCAAUUAAUUUUCCUUCUUUUCUUUACAUUCACAUAAAAGAAAAAGCUAUAUAUGCACCACUAAACGAAAAAACCCAAAUUUAAGCCUAAAAUUUUAGGUUAGAUACGUGGCGAAAAUUCAAAACAAAGUUUUUCCUGAGAAAUUGUCCCAAAAUUAAUUUAAAAUGGACUAUUUCUUGAGUGGGUUUCUUUUGCUUGCUUGUCUUACGCAAGCCUAUGGAUAUAUCAUCACUGUGGAUGCCCAUGCAGAAGAAUGUUUCUUUGAGAAAGUUGAGGCUGGCACCAAACUUGGUCUUAGUUUUCAAAUUGCCGAAGGAGGUUUCCUAGACAUCGAUGUCCGUAUCCUCGGACCUGAUGCAAAAGUGAUCUAUGAAGAAGAACGUCAAACAUCAGGCAAAUACUCUUUUGCCGCUCAUUUUCCCGGAAUCUAUACAUUUUGUUUCUCAAACAAAAUGUCUACGAUGACUCCUAAAGUUGUUAUGUUUGAUGUCGCCAUAGGCGAACCCCCGAAGCAAGAAGCAGCAGAAGAUGGACAAUCAGCUAAUAAAAUUGAAGAAAUGAUUAGGGAGUUGUCAGCUUCCUUGUUGGCUGUUAAACAGGAGCAAGAAUAUAUGCAAAUAAGAGACAGAAUUCAUCGUAGUAUUAACGAAAGCACUAAUUCUAGAGUGGUAGCAUGGUCAUUUUUUGAAGCUGUUAUAUUGUUUUCCAUGACGAUUGCUCAAGUGUUUUAUUUGAAGAGAUUCUUUGAAGUAAGAAGAGUGGUUUAGAAUAAUGGGUUAUAUAAAGAUGGACUGUGUUUUGUGAUACUUAACAAUCUAUUUAUAAAUUCUCUAUAACUUUUAUUGAUGUACGUUUAAUAAAAGUUAUAGAAAUAUCCUGUUUUUUGUAAUAUUAAAUGUCUCAAAUUAUUGUUCGUUUUCUUUUUGUGAAUAAAGAAUUUUUGAUUUUUUACAAUGCAGGUAUAUAAUAAACUUAA